ACUUCUCUGCGCUUGGUCCUGGUUCCCGGACUGGGCAGGACCAUGGGACACUUGUUAAUGCUGUGGGUGGCUGCGGGCAUGUGCUAUCCAGCCCUGGGUGCUUCUGCCUGGUCAGUGAACAACUUCCUGAUAACCCGUCCCAAGGCCUAUCUGACCUACACCGCCAGUGUGGCCUUGGGAGCUCAGAUUGGCAUCGAAGAGUGUAAGUUCCAGUUUGCCUGGGAACGGUGGAAUUGUCCUGAGCAUGCUUUUCAGUUUUCAACCCACAACAGGCUGCGAGCUGCCACGAGAGAGACAUCCUUCAUUCAUGCCAUCCGCUCUGCUGCCAUCAUGUACGCAGUCACCAAGAACUGCAGCAUGGGUGACUUGGAAAACUGCGGCUGUGACGAGUCACAAAAUGGAAAAACAGGUGGCCAUGGCUGGAUCUGGGGAGGCUGCAGCGACAACGUGGAGUUCGGGGAAAAAAUCUCCAGACUCUUCGUGGACAGUUUGGAGAAAGGGAAGGAUGCCAGAGCCCUGGUGAACCUUCACAACAACAGGGCCGGCAGACUGGCAGUGAGGGCCUCCACGAAAAGGACCUGCAAGUGUCAUGGCAUCUCAGGAAGCUGCAGCAUCCAGACGUGUUGGCUGCAGCUGGCUGACUUCCGGCAGAUGGGAAAUUACCUAAAGGCCAAGUAUGACCGCGCGCUGAAAAUUGAGAUGGACAAGCGCCAGCUAAGGGCUGGCAACAGAGCCGAGGGCCGCUGGGCUCUCACGGAGGCCUUCCUUCCCAGCACAGAGGCUGAGCUGAUCUUCUUAGAGGGGUCUCCUGACUACUGCAACCGCAACGCCAGCCUGAGCAUCCAGGGCACAGAGGGGAGGGAGUGCCUGCAGAAUGCCCGCAGUGCUUCCCGGCGGGAGCAGCGCAGCUGUGGGCGCCUGUGCACGGAGUGCGGGCUGCAGGUGGAGGAGAGGAGAGCAGAGGCCGUGAGCAGCUGUGACUGCAACUUUCAGUGGUGUUGCACUGUCAAGUGUGGCCAGUGCAGGCGUGUGGUGAGCAGAUACUACUGCACACGCCCUGUAGGUAGUGCCAGGCCCCGGGGCAGGGGCAAGGACAGUGCCUGGUAACACCACCACAAAUUCACGUGCUGCCUAGUUGCAGGACAGUGGAGAUAGAGCCUGAACUUCUGGCCUAGGGGACACAGACUGGAAAACAAUUGGGACAUCACAGGGUUGGCCUGUAGACCUUCCACGAUAGGUGGGUUAGCCUGUAGACCUUCCACGAUAGGCGGGGUAGAUGGAUGAUCUUUAAGCAUCUUCUUCGCAGGAGUGAAAUCGGAACCUUGUUCUCCUGGCUUGUGGACCCAGCCUUUCCUGCGCAGUUACUCUUGGACUUAAGCAGCUUGUUAAAGAGGGAGUUUGAUUUGGGUGCACAUUCAGAGGAGCCUGGAAGAACCGUAUUCCAUUAAGUUUCAGAUACCGUUCCACCCAGCUGUGCUGCUGGGAGUGCGAGGGAAGAGAAGUUAAAGGAAAGGAAUUCU